AUGAUUGGACCCGAAUUUGUUGGCUCUGGGAUGGGUAAUCUCAGAUCUACAGAGGCAGUAGCUUUCCCCAAGCUUGAAACAUUGGUCAUCAGCGAUAUGCCCAACUGGGAGGAGUGGUCCUUUGUUGCUGAAGAAAAACAAGAAGCAACAACAGCAUUCACGGAAGGAGCAGAGGAUAAGGCUGCUGCAAAUCAAAAGUGGGAUGCCCCACCUCCAAGGAUACAGCUGCUGCCACGAUUGAAGAGGUUGGACCUGGUCCGCUGCCCCAAGCUGAGGGCUCUCCCACGGCAGCUUGGACAGGAGGCCACCAGUUUGAAGGCGCUCCAUUUAAGACAAGUGCACAGCCUUAAGGUGGUGGAGAACCUCGGUUUCCUCUCAGAGGUCCUUGUAAUCUUAGUUUGCGAAGGCCUAGAGAGAGUUUCGAAUCUUCCCCAAGUGAGAGAGCUGCGUGUACAGCUGUGUCCCAACUUGAGGUGUGUUGACAGGAUGGACAACUUGCACCAGCUGUUUCUGACAGAGGAUAUGGAAGGUGCCUCAUCACAGUGGCUGCCUGGACUCCAAGAGCAGCACCAACAGCUGCACGGAGAAGACAUGGAUGUCUACACCGAAUGA